GCACUUCAGGCUGGUGACAGCAGGUUGGUGAGGGCAAGGACAUUAUGAGUAUAUUAUUGAGGGAAAAUAUGAAGGCCUCUGAGGCGGAUCGACUCCCCGACGCUGAACUACUUGGACAAAUCUCGUGAACACGCUAUACUCAGCAAAAAAAAAAAGUCUCUCUCGAUUACGCUGAUAUCUUUUCCAGCCUCCUCAUUUUUGUGGCUACCAAUACAACAAGCGCGGCGUUGGCACCUAUUUCACAACUUCUGGCGAAACACCAGAAUAUCCAGAAUAAACUGAGGGAAGAGAUCAUGGAUGCCUGCAGUGAGUACGGCGAAGAGGUCCCGUAUGAUCAGCUGCUCGCUCUUCCUUUCCUGGAUGCCGUCUGUCGAGAAGCUCUCCGUGUUCCCGCCUCUCUCUUCCAAGUCUUAAAUUUUGCGCGAAGCUACCUUCAUGACAAUGAGAGUCGAUGUUGGACCGGGGACGAUGCUAAAGAAUGGAAGCCAGAACGGUGGCUUGCUCCUCCCACACCAUCGGUGACCGAAGCUCAUAUUCUUGGUGUCUAUUCCCAUAUGGAUGACUUUCAAUGGCGGCCAAGCUUGCAUCUACGUGGCAUUUUUCAAGUUCUCUCAACUGGAGAUGAAAGUGAUACUUUGACUCUUCUGGCAUCCUUCCGCUCUACGAUGUCUCACAAGGAGCACGACAUCAUUUGGAAUUACGCAGCGAUUCGCUAUCCAACUGUGGGAAAGCAUACCACAAUGCCAUCUUUCCCCAUGUUGAUCAACCCCGUCAAGCUCGAAUGAUAAUAUGGUGUGUUGUGCACAGCAAUUAUUGUAUAUUCCCCUUCUAGGAUAUUUCGU